AUGGACGAGAGGUUUGAUGGCUUUGGGGCUUUGGGCUUUUUCAUCCUAUGGAGCUUGGACGUACCGCCGACGGUGAACUCCUGCAGCACCACCAGCAGUCUGACCGAAGUCGCAUGCUCUCCGGAGCCUGCUCAUCCGCUCACCGCAACCGUCAGCGAUCGGCCGACGCCGAUCAGGCGCACCACUCCACACAAGCGCCGAACCCGAAGCUCCCUGGCCAGCGCCAUCACUGCCACACAGCCGGAGGUGGUGAGCCCGGUGGCGACGGAGAUCGACUCUGACGCCGAGAGCGCGGCGCGGUCCCGAUCGCGCGAUCCGCGCCAGAGCCAGGAGCCCCCUCAGCUUGCCAAUGUUCCUGACGACGACCUGCUGGUGAUGCUCGAGGUGCCAGACCCUCCACCCAGCGUCGGUGUGUCUGCGGCCACAGACGUAGACAAGACUACUGCCGCCGCGGCACCCGACGACCGCGCGGCUGCAGCGGCCGCGGCCGCCCGCUUCGCUGCCGAAGUCUCAGGCUCAUUGCACUUGUACUAUGCGGGCCCGCAAGGGGCCCCGCAAGGGGCUCCUGCAGCGGCAGCGGAGGAGGAGGAAGAGGACUUCACCUGGGUGACCGGCGGAGUUGUUCGACCAUUGGAGCGGCUCAUGUUCGGCGAGUCUCCACAUCGCCUCUCCCGGGGGAGCCGCAUUCUCGGGGCUCUCUUGGACACACCUCCCGACUUGGUGGAGGACUCACCCGGCGCCCCAAGCAAGGCCCGCCCCAGCAAGAAGGCGAAAGCCAAACCAAACCCUUCAGCAGCAAAUGGCAGCCGCGACACUGUGCCAGCGCCUCUCAAUCCUCCCGAAAGAAGGACGCAGCCGACGCCUCUGAGGCAGGAAAGCCGCCUUGAGGCCCCUUCCCGGCCCAUCUCCGUGAACGAUCUUCGGAGAGCCGCGGAGUCGACCUGGUCGAGCCCUGGAAGGCCCAGGUCGCGCAUCGAGCGCCGCGCCAUCUGGUUCCUGGAGCAGCCUGGCCCGCCUGGCUGCGACACGGAGCUGAGCCGUGUAGCUGUGGACGAGGAGGCCUUCUUGGAUGCGGCUCUCGAAGCCGCUUUGGAGGAGCUCCGGAAGAGGGGCGUCUCUCGCGGGGGGCCGGCGGCCGCCGCCCAGCUCCUCCACAACUUCGGCCAGGCCGUCGGCGCGACCACCGCCGGCUUGCGUUGCGUUCCGCUGGAUGGGGAUCUUCACCGCUGCCUCCCUGCCGAGCUGCUGGGGGACCCCCGGGUGUCGGGGGCGCGUCUGCCUGGGCGCAGCUCGGGGAAGAGGGGUGGACCAGCACUUGCGGGCGCAGCCUUGCACCGCGCAAAGGACGUGGUGAGGCAGAUUCUGGACUCCAUGUCGCCCGUGGUCUUCAAGAUUGGCAUCACGUGCACGCCCCUGAUGCGCUUUCGCGCAUACGAUCGCGAAGGCUACCAGCAGAUGCACCUCCUCCAUGUGACGGAGGAGCCCGGCCUGGUUCAAAUGCUCGAAGCGGCUCUAAUCUCGGAGUUCCAGGAGCGUCCUGGAUGCCGCAACGUGGCCCGCGGCGGUGAAGGUCCAGUGGGCCGCGCGCCCUACUUCGCCUACCUCGUGGUGGUUGCCUGCGGCGAUGGUGUGGGUAUCCUCCAGAAGCGAGACUGCAUGCAAGAGCGCUCCCAGCCGAAGGUGCGGCCCCGGCACGGAGCAAAAAUCGGAGCUGCCACGGGCAUGCCCAGCACGGGAGGAAAUGCCAUUCUGAUGGGAUGGUUCGGAGUGGGGUCUUCGGGCUCCGAGGUUAUCAUGGAAAAGGCGAUUAUAAUGGAGGUCGGGCCUGAAGGGAUCAGGUAUGCGCUUGUGGGCGCCCUUCUCGUUACCCUGGGCCGCGCCCAACUCUGCCCGGAUGGGGUUUGCCGGUCUGCGGCAGAGGCCCAGGCUGCAAGCAUCCUCCAGAAGGACAGCCGCGUGCAGCGCUUGGUCGCAGAGCCAGGGCAAGUGACGAGCCAGGAGGCAGCAGGCAGCCAGCCUGCAAUUGCUUCAGAACCAGUCCAGUGGUGGCAUUGGAUCGCAUUUGUGGUAGUUGUCACCCUGGGAGCCUUGAUAAAUUCGCUGCCCAGCUCUCUCAUGGAGAGGCUUCUUCCAUCCUGGGCAUCGACCAGUGACAAGGCCGGGAGCCACGACUCCAUCCAAGAGGGUGCUGUGGGCCAGAGGUCGGCUGACUUGCUUCUCGAGAACAGCCACCUCCUCGACCCCAGCACCGAUCCAGAGCCUGCUGAGAGCCUCUUGGGGCUGCUACCCCUCAGUGACGAUGUGGCCGUGUGCCGCGAUGGUGUAGAUGCUCAGCCCGUGACGUAUGCCCAGCUCCGGCAGCAGCUGGAGGAUCCUGCCUUUGCAUCCUUCCUGCGCCCGAGUGACCGUGUUGCGCUGGUCCUGGAGAACGGCAAAGACAUGGCGAUGUGCUUGCUGGCAGUCAUGCACCAUGCCUGUGCCGUGCCACUGAAUCCCACCUUCACGGAGGCGGAGCUUGCGCAGAGCUUCGAACAGCUGCGAGUGACGGUCGUGCUCACGGGAGCCGGGAGUUGCGGGGACGCGGCGCACAAGGCAGCAGCGCAGCUCCAGCUCCGGGUGCUGACGCUCGAGAAGGUCAGUCGGUCCAGUAGCUCCACAGCGUCGCCUCAGCUGUGCCUCAGCGGCCCCCAGCCGCCUCUGGAAGAUGUGGAGGGCAGAGGGCUGGGUGCCCGCGCCGAGGCUCCGAGCCCGGACCCUGAGCGCACGGUGCUUCUGCUGAAGACCUCCGGAACGACCUCGCGAGGGAAGGUGGUGCCUUUUUCACUACGCCGGCUGUCUUUGGCUGCUCGGCUCAACGCGCGUGGCCUGGAGCUUGCGCCUGGCGACGUGUGUCUGAGCAUGAUGCCGCUGUACCACAUAGCUGGAAUUUCUGUAAACUUCCUGGCUUCGAUGUCUGCUGGUGCGACCAUCCUGUUUUACUCUGGCCAGUUCGAGGUGACGCGCUUCGUCGCGGAGCUCGAGAGGGAGGGUCACCUCAGGCCCAGUUGGUACUUUGCUGUGCCCGCUGUCCAUGAAGCGGUCUUGCGCCAUGUCGCCGAGCUAGGUCGCCCUGUCCAGCAUCGGCUGAAGCUGAUCCGCUCUGCUGGGGCUGCCUUGGCGCAGCAGAGUGGGCAGAAGCUGAUCGAGGCGUUCCACUGUGCCGUGACCCCCGCCUAUGGCAUGACAGAGGCGCUGGAGAUCACGUGCCCGCCUGCAAACUACGACUUCUCCAAACCGUGCUUUGUGGCUGCAGGAGUUCAGCCACAAGCGAGUCGUUUGACUGAAUGCGGCAAUCUGAAUUCAAGCGUUGCGUGCGUUGCGAAGAUCAACCUGUUCGAGGUCUGGUCUUGUUGCUUGGUGCUGGACCUGGAUGCUUUUGCAGAGUUCCGUGUCUCGGUCCGGGGCGGAGCCAGUUUCCUGAAACGGAAGGUGCGAUCUCUUCGCGCCGGAAAGGAGGCGCCGCAGCAGCCAGAGGGGGGAGGUCCUGAGCAGGAGCGGCUCCAUGGUGAGCUCCUGAAGGUACGUCAUUUGAUGGCCCACGGCUUGCUCUCGAUUUAUGCAGCCUUAUGCAGCCUCAUGGUCACAGCAAACCACGCGAACGUGUCUUUGAAUGGGCCACAACUCUACCUCACCAAUCAAGGCUCUUGGCUCUUCAUUGCCGCCUUGGCCGUCCUGAGCUUAUAUGCAUUUCUGCCUCGAAGCAUGCUGAAGGUGUCGACCCUGAACGCCUGGUUCGCCUUCUUCGUGAUCUUCUGUUUGUGUUUUGCUGCUCCGGGGACUUUACCAGCUUUUCGCAUUCAAGAUUCCCUGAUCCUUGCCGUGGUCUUCCGGCUUCCUGUGACCGUGGUGGCAACGCGGACGCUGUGGGUCGCACUGGGCAAUGUUCCCGUAUCUGUGCUGAUCGUUUGGCGGUUCGGAUCAAGUCCCGCCGCGCAAGCGGCAGGCAACUCCCUCCCUGUGAUCUUUGUCAUGGCGCUUGAAGCGGCAAUCUGCACUCUUGCAGCGUGCAUCUCCUCCGGAAUGAGUGAGCUGAUGCGCCAACGGGCAUCCUUACGAUGUGAGAACAACAAGAUCUCUUCUGACAACUCAGCCAUCAGCGCGCUCUUGCGGCUCAUGAGCGAUGCCGUGAUUGAGCUGGAUCAGGAUCUGCGGAUGAUCCGCCACUCACCGGAACUCAGCGCGAUGCUGUUGCGAGAUCGACCCGGCGCUUCAACCGAGGGCUUGGCUUUCACCGACUUCAUCCAUGCGGCAGACGCGGCCAGGGCUGCCGAACUCUUGCUCAACCCAAUUUGCGUCGGCACUGGCGCCCACGCGUUUCACACGCGCCUGGUGGAUACUUUCUCCAACAAGGUCUGCGUUGAGAUCUUCGCAGUGAUGACGGAGACUUCGGAGGGAGAAGUUCGCCAUCUGCUGGGGCUACGGGAUUUCACGGACUCGCCAUCCCUGUCUGGCGAGCGAGCCACCGACGCCAUGGAAGCGACGGUGUGCGGCUCGAUGUCCGUGGCGAGCUUUUCGGGUGAGGAGAAGCUCAGCUGCUCCGAUGUCAUCUCCCCGACACAGAGUUGGGCGCCAGAGGAGUGGUCGAGAGCCACCCCCGUCAAGAAGCAGGCCUUCUUAGAUCUGGAUAUGGAGGUGAAAGUCAUCGCCAGUGCCUCACCCUCGGUGAGCUUCGCCGCUGGCCUGUCCCUUGAUGACUUUUUCCCAUCUCCGCACACCACGCAGCUCAUGCAGCAGGUCUGCGACGAAGCACAGCGCGGCCUCGAAAGUGAUGGUAGCAUCCCGAACAAGGUUUUCAACUUCGAAGACCUUCCGGUUCGGUGGACAUCGUCCAAGUACGGCAGCCUCGUCGGGGCGUUUCAAGUGGUUCGCACACGAUUUGGUGGCUUAGGAGUCCUCCUUGCCUUCGAGGACCCGGAUUGGUCGCAGCUCCACACAAACUCCCGGGCAUCCGGCAAACCGGCGCAGUCCAGGGCCUUGAAGAAGCAUCGGUCAUCGACGCAUGCAGCGGGAACGCCAGGACGCAGCCAACAGAAUACCCGAACGCCACUGUGA